AGGAGAUUGCUUCGUUAAUGUUGGCGUCACCGCUAAACAGUUCUUCCGUUGAUCGAGGCAAGAGGAUUUGGGCUUCGGUAGUUUUUUAAAUUCGCUGGAAGCGUCUUUCACGGACACGGUGUUAUUGUGCACCAAAUUGAUGAUUUGAUAGUGCCAGGGCGAGUGAUAGUGCAAUAAAAAAAUUGAUUUAUUGUGAGACAAAAUGUCAACGAAGGCAACAAAGAAGAGCACAGCGGCGAGUUCGAGUAGCAACGUGCAGUCGUCACAAUUCAGCACGUCAACGCCGAUCGGCCAGCGGCCAGGGAGUCCUUUGAGUCCGACCCGUUAUUCACGUCUUCAGGAAAAGCAAGAUUUACAGAAUCUAAAUGAUCGGUUGGCUUGCUACAUUGACAAAGUACGACAUUUGGAAACCGAGAAUUCGAGACUUACGCGGGAGGUACAGACGACCCAGGAGACUAUCACCCGCGAAGUAUCUAAUAUAAAAUCUAUGUACGAGCAUGAAUUGUCCGAUGCAAGGAAACUAUUGGAUGACACUGCGAGAGAACGAGCAAAGCUAGAAAUUGAUACCAAACGGUUAUGGGAUAAUAACGAGGAACUCAAGUCCACAUUAGAUAAAAAGUUAAUGGACUUACAAGUUGCUGAAAGAAAUUCGCUAUUAUAUGAAACACGCUAUAAUGAUUUACAAUCACAAUAUAAUCAGUGUCAAGCAGAACGUAAAAAGGAUACUGAGAGGAGAAAUGAAUUAGAACAAGAAGUAGAGAAAUUGAAGGCAUUGUUAGAAGAUUCCCGUAAACAUCUGGGAGAAGAAACUCUACAACGUAUUGUUCUUGAAAAUAAUAUUCAAAGUUUAAAGGAAGAUAUUAGCUUUAAAGACCAAAUGUAUCAACAGGAAUUAACGGAAACACGAACAAAGAGACAGAUUGAAAUCUCUGAAAUAGAUGGUCGUCUUGCUGAGGAAUAUGAAGCUAAAAUGCAAAAAUCUUUGCAUGAAUUACGAGAUCAAUAUGAAGCUCAGAUGCGAGCUAAUAGAGAAGAAAUUGAAUUAUUAUAUGAAAAUAAAAUUAAAAAUUUGGCAGCCCAUGCCCAACGUAACAGUGGAGCAGCAAGUUUAGCUGUUGAGGAAUUAAGGCAAACAAGGACAAGGAUUGAUACACUUAAUCAAAGGAUCAAUGAAUUGGAAGCAUCAAAUAAUGCUUUUAGUGCACGAAUAAGGGAUUUAGAAAAUUUACGUGAAAAUGAGAAGGCCCGUCAUGCAGAAAAUGUAGCAUCUUUGGAAGCAGAGCUAGCACGUAUACGUGAUGAAAUGGCUCAACAAAUACAAGAAUAUCAAGAUCUUAUGGAUAUCAAGGUUGCUCUUGAUUUGGAAAUUGCAGCAUAUCGAAAACUUUUGGAAUCUGAAGAAGCCAGAUUAAACAUCAUGCCUGUACAGUCAAGUUCAACAGCGUCUAGUGGCAGGACUACUCCUUCAAGACACACGCCAUUAAGAGGUGGAAAACGAAAACGUACUUUGUUAGAGGAAAGUGAAGAACGUAGUAGUACUGAUUAUAGUGUAUCUGGAACAUCUAGAGGGGACAUAGAAAUUACAGAAGCUGAUCCUCAAGGACGAUUUGUCAAACUCACCAAUAAAGGCAAUAAAGAAAUAGGACUUAGUGGUUGGCAAAUUAUUCGUAAAGCUAGUUCUUUGGAAACAGUAUUUAAGUUCCAUCGUACUGCAAAAUUAGAAGCAGGUGCAACUGUAAUGGUGUGGUCUGCUGAUAUUGGUGCUACCCAUGAACCACCAUCAAAUAUUGUUAUGAAAGGCCAAAAAUGGUUUACAUCAGAUGUUAUGACAACUACACUUCUUAACAACGAUGGCGAAGAAAUAGCUACUUCAGAGUGUAAAAGACAACAAUUGUCUACAUCUCUAUCCCGACAUAGGGAAAACUUGGGUUUCCGACCUUCGGAAGAACUUCACCAUCAACAGGGUGAUCCUCAAGGAGAAGAAUUUUGUCGCCUUAUGUGAAAAUAAGUCUACAAAAUAAUCUCAAGAAUUCUAACAGCACGUUUUUAAAAAUGCUUAAAAAAAGGUACACAGAAAAAGCACGAGAGAAUUUGGUUUAGAAAUCAAAUCUCAGAAAUUUCAUUAAUAUAAAGAAUUCAUAUAAAGUUUCGAAUGAUAUAUUUUGCUUAAGAAAACAAUAAAGAAGAGAUUAAAAACAGAAUUCACGACACAUGUUAGUACUUUAUAUUUAUAGAGAUAUGUACUACAUAUGAGAAAAUAUUCUGUAAUAUAAUGUUUAAAUCAAACUUAAUGAAGAGUUUCAUGAAGAUUGAAACGAUUAUUGCAUUUACAUAUUUGCACUUCGUACAAAACUUAUUUGUCUGUUAUAUCAGAGUUGCUGCUUUAUUGAAUAAGAAGCACGAAUAAUCUUUUCAGCGAAUAACUAUUUUUGGCGUACCAUUUAUUUCUACCUAGUCGUUAUCGUGCCUUUUUAAAUGUAAAAGAAAGAGAUCUUUUUUCUUAGUAGGUAGUAGUAUUUAUUUUUAAGUACAAACCCGGAUGCAAUAGGAGCAUGGUGCCCGCCGUAUAUAAUAUUCAGAUUGAUUCGUUUGACAGGAAAAUAUUUUCUGAUAUGUAUACUGAGUUUUCUAUUAAUUAAUAAGACAAGUAAAAAAAUGGAACUAUGUUUAUUGCAAAAUGUAUCAGCUCCGCCAUCCGGAACAUCAUUUUGUUAAUUGUAUUCGACUUUAUACCAUUUAUACAAGUAAUAAAAAUCUAUAAUUAACCAU